AUAGAAAAAUGAAUAUUAAGACAUUCAAGCAAACAAGAAUCACGUGAUCAAACAGUAUUUUAAAAAAUCUUAUGAGUAGAUAGAUAAUAUUUGUUGACAUCUAUAUAAGAUAUGCAUAUGGUAACGAUGUGAGCUAUAGCAAUUCUCAUUCAAGUUCUAGAGAAAUAUGGCCCUAACUACUAAAAUAUUACAAAUUAAGAUCAAGUCCAACGGUGAUGUUUUUCACGAGUUAUGGAAGGCAAAUCCCCAUGAAGUUCCCACUAUAACCCCAACUACCAUCCAAAACUGUCAAAGCCACGAAGGCGAAGUUGGAACCGUGGGCUCUGUGCUUUUCUGGAACUAUUUUCAUGAUGGAAAAGACCGUGUUGCAAAAACAAUAAUCAAGGAAAUCGAUGAAGGCAAAAAGUCGGUCACCUUCAAGGUACUUGAAGGUGAUCUCCUGGAAUUAUACAAGACCUUUGUUAUACAUGUUCAUGUAGACACACAUGGUUUAAACAACCUUGUCACAUGGACUGUGGAGUAUGAGAAGCUAAGUCCUGAUGUUCCUGAUCCGGAUACGCUUAUGGAAUUUUACAAAAAGGUCACCAAAGACAUAGAGACUCAUCAUCUCAAGAAUUAAUCGAAGUCUCCAUAUCUAGGAUUAAAUAAACCAAAAUCUAGAUCGCACCAAUAUAUAUGGAUGGCAUUUAAUAAGUGAUUUUGGAUGUGUCGGAUAUAUGUUGCAUGUGCUAUCAUCUUGUUUAUAUGUUAUGUUUAUUCGUUGUGUAAUUAUUAUGUAAAAAAGGAUGUUGUUUUAAUUAAUCUCAAUAAUUUUAUAUGUUAAAGUUAAUUAACUAUGGAGCAAACUACUGUAUUUAUAGAAAUUGG